AUGGCUAGCCAGGACGAGGACGACCUUAUGAAGAAUCGUCGCAUAGUACAGCGACCGGAGCAGGACCUCGCUACCCUGCUAGUGGAAGCCCUUAGAAAAGACGCACACUGUCAAGAGUCUCACAGGAAACUAGACGAAUAUCUAUCGACCCACCAGGUGAACAUGGCUUUUAGAGAGUGCUUGCUUACCUUGCUAGAGGAUAUGCCAGAGGACCCUUUUGCUGCAAUAGUCUACCGCCUUUGCAUGAUACAACGAGCCAGAACCUCUGAGCGGACAGUUUCCUUGGACUGCACAGCUCCGCAUGCGAUCAGGCUUAACAAUGUCGCGCUAGAUGACCAGAUUCUUAACCUUGUCAAGACACAUCCGCACCUAUCAUCUCUGAGCCCGCAGCUUAUGUCUAACUUGAGGACCAUGUUUGUUUUGAAGGAGUAUCCUCCGGGCUCUACUCUCUACAGAGUGGAUGAGCCAACGGAUGGGCUGGUCUUCAUCUUAUUUGGGAAGGUGUUUGCACGUUAUCGUAACGGAGAUGCAGCGAUCUUGAGUGUGGGGCAGUUCUUCGGAGAGCAGUGCUGUCUUCCGGUUCCGGGGAAGUUGCACUUCACUGCAUCUGUAUAUGAUCCUCUAACAGAUAAGCCCACUGGAGUGGUUCAAGGUCAAGGGUCUCAAGCUGGAGCACCAGAGGCGACUGCAAAUCAACCUACCAAGGUUUGCACUGCUGUGCUGCCCAGAGUAGCGUACAUAAAGAUGAUUUUCAAUCAGCGGCGAUCCCUGCUUUCAGGGAAUGCAAUAGUUCACUACCUGAAAGACAAAUUCACCUCUCUGACUGAUGACGAGACAUCCUUUGUCGCAUCUCUGGGGGAGGUGAAGGUCUUUGCCAAGGGGGAUUCAAUAGUGACUGCAAACGAAGUGACAAGCUGCCUUCUUAUUGUCGUUGAUGGCUACGGAGACGGGUUCCAGGAAGGUUCUAUCUUCGGCUGUGAGUCUGUCUUUAUUGGUAAGGGAGAGACCCGAACAGCGGUCUGCGAGACAGCAACAGAGUGUAUUGCUAUUCCUGCAAGUGAGCUCAAGGCGCGGGGGACCCUUUUCCACAAGAUGGCCAAGGUGCUGUAA